CUACUGAAAUGGUGCUCAAAAGCUUGAUUCGUCGUUUUUCUUCUUCUCCUUCUUCAUUCACAAAACCAGGUCAAGUGACUACAACCAUACCACAAGAUUUAGUACUUAAAGUAACCCAGCUUGAGAAAUUCCUCCAAAAUGAUUGUAAAGAAGGUAAUGUCACUCUUGAUGAAGCACGAUAUUUCUUUGAAUACAUGAUUCAUUUGCAACCAAAACCACCAAUUUCAUCAUUCAACCAGUUGUUUGGAGCACUGGCUAAGAAAAAGUUUUAUGAAGAUGUUAUUUUGCUUUACAAGCGAGUGGGUUCGAUGGGGUUGUUGCCAGAUCUUUAUACUUUGAAUAUUUUGAUCAAUUGCUUUUGUAAUGUGGGUCGAGUUUGUGAUGGUUUUGUUGUUUUGGGGAGGAUUUUGAGGCGGGGUUUUAACCCAGAUGCUGUGACUUUUAAUUCUUUGAUUAAAGGUUUGUGUUUAGAGAAUAGGGGUACGGAGGCUAUGGAGUUUCUGAAGAAAACGGUUGUGUUUGGGGUUAGGCCUAACGUGAUUACAUAUGGGACCUUGAUUAACGGGUUGUGUAGAACGGGUAAUACCAGCAUUGCAUUUAGGAUACACGAAGAGAUGAUGGAUCAAGGUUUUCAGCCUAAUGUGGUGACGUUUAGUACAAUGAUAAAUGGGCUUUGCAAGGAGGGGAAGAUGGAGGAACAGAGAGGUUUGCAGCCUGAUGUGGUGACGUUUACUACAAUGAUAAGUGGACUUUGCAAGGAGGGGAAGAUGGAGGAGGCUAAUGGAUUGUUAGAAUUGAUGAUUCAAAGAGGUUUGCAGCCUGAUGUGGUGACGUUUACUACAAUGAUAAGUGGGCUUUUCAAGGAGGGAAAGAUAGAAGAAGCUAAUGGGUAUUUGGGAUUAAUGAUUCAAAGGGGUUUGCAACCAGACAUAGUUACUUAUAACACUUUGAUUGAUGGUUAUUGUUUGCUGCAUAGAUCUAAUGAUGCCAAGGAGCUGCUAAUCUCUAUGGAGAAUAAGGGUUGUAAGCCUGAUGGUUUUGUUGUUUUUGGGAGGAUUUUGAGGCUGGGUUUAAGACCAGAUGUUGUGACUUUUAUUUCUUUGAUUAAAGGUUUGUGUUUAGACAAUAGGAGUUUGGAGGCUACGGAGUUUUUCAAGAAAAUGGCUGUGUUUGGGGUUAGGCCUAACGUGAUUACGUUUGAGAUUUUGAUUAACGGGUUGUGUCGGUCUGGGAACACGAGUGUUGCACUUAGAUUGCAUGAAGAAAUGGUUGUUGGUAAUGGUGAAGGGGAUGUUAUUUGUAAACCAGCUAUUGUUUCUUAUGGUAGUAUUAUCGACGGUCUUUGUAAAGAUGGGUUGGUAGAUAAGGCAAAAAAAUUGUUUUUGGAAAUGAAGGGUAAGGGAAUUAAGCCAGAUGUGGUUGUUUAUACCUCUCUAAUUUAUGGUUCGUGUUUUCUGAGAAAUUUGGAGGAGGCUAAAGGCUUGUUUGUUGAGAUGGCGGAUCAAGGUUUGCACCCUAACUUACUGAUGUAUAAUACAAUGAUAAGUGGGUUUUGCAAGGAGGGGAAGAUAGAGGAGGCUAAUUGGUUGUUGGAAUUGAUGAUCCAAAGAGGUUUGGAAAUUAGAGAAUGCUAUGAGUCUUUACAAUGAAAUGAUUAGAAAGGGAAUUCAACAAACAGUCUUUUUCUAUCAAAUAAAGUUGGAGAUGCACUGAAUCUAUUUGAUGAGAUGAAAGUUUAUAAUGUAGCACCUGAUUCGGUUACAUAUAAUAAUUUGGUAGACGGGCUAUGCAGGAAUGGCUAUGUUCAGGAGGCAGCUAAAUUGUUUUGUACUUUCAAAUAAAAUGAAGGUUUAAUAUUUGUAUUUAAAUCUUUGACAGCCUCAUUUAUGGUUAUGGGUUGUGUAAAAAAUAAAAAUGGAAGGAUUGAAAGUUUAAUAUUUGCACUUGACUAUGAAAACUAUGUUGUAUGUGGGCAUGCUGGAAUCAUUUGUU